AGCUCGUCUCUCAAUGUUAGUUCUUAAAGGGAGCAUGCUUCUCAACCGCUAAAUGCCUUGUCCAGUUGUGUCUCUUGACUUCACCAACUACCUCUGCCUUAACCUUCUUGUGAAGCAACAAAGAGUUCAGGACCAGUAAAGUCCAUACGAACCUCACGAUGGCUUCGAAUCUCGUUUCGAGCACAGUCAAGAAAGUGGAGGAGUCCGUCGCUGGUGAACGGACUGCCAAGUCCACUCAGCUCCAGCAGGACACUGUUGAGCACACCAAGGACACUCGCAUCACUACAGAUUACGGUGUCAAGCAGGGCAACACCGACGACUGGUUGAAGGCUUCCAAUGGGGAGACCAGCGGCCCAUCGCUGCUCGAGGACAAUCAUGCCAGAGAAAAGAUUCACCGAUUCGACCACGAGCGCAUUCCCGAACGUGUUGUUCACGCCCGAGGCACUGCCGCGUUCGGUACCUUCCGCUUAAAGGAGAGUGCAGAGGAUGUCACUCUGGCACCCGUUCUCAACGACACAUCGCGCGAGACACCUGUAUUUGUCCGAUUCUCCACAGUCCAAGGCAGCCGUGGUAGCGCUGAUACUGUUCGUGAUGUUCGCGGGUUUGCAGUCAAGUUCUACACUCAGGAGGGCAACUGGGAUAUUGUUGGAAACAACAUUCCAGUUUUCUUUAUCCAAGAUGCUAUAAAGUUCCCUGACUUUGUUCAUGCAGUCAAGCCUGAGCCCCACAACGAGGUGCCUCAAGCUCAGUCAGCGCAUAACAACUUCUGGGAUUUCGUCAACCUUCACACCGAGGCUACUCAUAUGUUUAUGUGGGCCAUGUCUGAUCGUGCCAUUCCUCGUUCAUACCGUAUGAUGCAAGGAUUUGGUGUAAACACUUUUAUACUGAUCAACAAGAAUGGCGAGCGUCAUUUCUGCAAGUUUGUCUGGACUCCUCAUCUCGGAGUUCAUUCUUUUGUGUGGGAUGAGGCUCUCAAGCUGGCUGGCCAGGACCCCGACUUCCACCGAAAGGAUCUUGGAGAGGCCAUAGACAGUGGCGCCUACCCCAAGUGGGACUUUGGUAUUCAAGUUAUUCCCGAGUCCAAGGAACACGACUUUGACUUCGAUAUUCUUGAUGCUACCAAGGUUUGGCCUGAAGAUCAGAUUCCCGUUCGCUAUAUUGGUGAACUCGAGCUUAAUCGAAAUGUCGAUGAAUAUUUCACUCAGACUGAGCAGGUUGCUUUCUGUACAGCACACAUGAUCCCUGGUAUUGCCCACUCGGACGAUCCCUUGUUGCAGGGUCGCAGCUUCAGUUACUUCGACACACAACUUUCUCGUCUUGGUAUCAACUGGCAAGAGCUGCCUAUCAACCGCCCUGUAUGUCCUUACAUGAACUUCAACCGUGAUGGACAAGGUAGACACCGCAUCACCAAGGGGACGGUUAACUACUGGCCCAACCGCUUCGGAGUGAACCCUCCUGCCAAGCCGGAGGAGGGGGCGUAUCCUGAAUAUCCCGAGAAGGUUGUUGGAAUCAAGCAGCGAACCCAGGGCAAGAAGUUCAGGGAGCAUUUCAACCAAGCGCAGCUGUUCCUGAACAGUUUGUCGGCCCCCGAGAGAAGCCAUCUGAUUGACGCAUUUGCCUUCGAGUUGGACCACUGCGACGAUCCAAUUGUGUACGAGCGCAUGUCUACUCGCUUGGCGGAUAUUGAUCUGGAUCUCGCUCAACAGGUCGCUGAAAUGGUGGGCGGUCCUAUUCCCGAAAAGGCGUCAAGACCCAACCAUGGCAACAGGGCUCCCAAGCUCAGCCAGACUGAGUUCCCCCCCAAGGUGCCCACUAUUGCCAGCCGAAGAGUAGCAAUCCUCAUCGCGGACGGCUACGAUUCUAUUGCCUACAACGGAGUCAAGGCUGCCUUGCUUGCAUCCAGUGCUGUGCCAUGGACGAUUGGACCCCGAAGAGCUGAGAUCUUCCCGGCUGGUGCUGAGAAGAAGAAGGGCAACGGUGUAUUUGCUGACCAUCACUUCGAAGGCCAGCGUUCAACUAUGUUUGAUGCAAUUUUCGUUCCGGGCGGUGCUGAGUCGAUCAAGACUUUGUCGAAGAGCGGCCGUACGUUACACUGGCUGCGCGAGGCUUUUGGUCACUUGAAGGCGAUUGGUGGAACUGGUGAGGCGGUCGAGCUUUUCAAGCUUGCUUUCGGUCUCCCGGAGAUCACAGUGUCCCAGACUGAAGAGGCUAUCGAAUCAUAUGGUGUUGUUACUAUCAGCAAAGUCUCGUCGGACCACUUCACAGAGAAGGUCACUAUUGCUAAGGAGGGAACUAAGUUCUUGGAGAAGUUCUGGUUCCAAAUUGCAAGCCACAAAAACUUCGAUCGUGAGACAGCUGGUCUGAACUCGCAGAUUGCAUACUAAGCACAUUAUUGGCGUGGCGAGCUUCCUCGAAGGUUGUUGCUAUGUAACGAAAAUUAUGUUCUCUAUUCUGUUAUGAUACCACGAAAUUCAAUUGAAAUAUAAUGAUCUGUAA